AUGAUUGAAACAAUUUUUGGCGAACAUUUUAUAGCGAUUAUUAUAAUCUUUGGUAUUUAUCCCAUCAGAAAUGGAAAUAUUGCGUUAGGUGCAAAAAAAAUAUGGACCGAACAAGAUGAAGUACGAAGGAUCCAACAGAUAAUGGAAGCAGAAGAAAUGGAAUAUGAAAUGGAGCAGCGCUCUCAUUUUGUUAUUAAUAGUCGAAAUAGUGGUGAUGAAGUAGUGCGGGAAGAUUAUCAUAAUUAUCCGAUAACUGAAUCUUAUCAGUACAAAGGAAAAAUUUUACCAACAGUUACAUUUCCCAAUAUAAUUACUACUAAAACAGAUAAAAACCAUUGGUGCUAUUAUUGUACGAGUCCAUUGAGUGUAAUGAGUGGAAAUAUGCAACGUGCUAUUGAAAAAUUUUUACUUAUUCGUCGAACAGCUUAUCCGGUUCAAGUGAAAAAUACACGUUGCUCAGAACCACGUAAUUUAACGGAAUUAGCUGUGGAAUAUUGUCGACAUCCAUACUGUCAAACGCUGAUUUUAACAGAUCAUGAAACUGGCUCGUCAUUUACAAUGCGCGGCUGUGCAGAAACAUUUGGAGCAAUAAAUGAGAAAUUACUUGAUGCGCGUGAAGAUAACACAUGUCAGAGACUACAUGAACAGCUUGAUAUACAAGAAUGUAUCUGUAGGCAUCGACGAUAUUGCUAUCCGGGCGCAAAACGUCAAUUUUUUGAUGAUUCAGGAGCGGCAAUAUUCAUACCCUCAUCAUCAACUAAUAAUAUCAUAUCUAUAUUUUAUUAUAUUUUAUUUUUAAAAUUCGCAUUUUAUAAUUAUUUAUAG